UUAAUUUUUAAUGCAAGAAAGAUGUAGAGUCAGGCAACAGAUAUUCCUAGUAUAGAGCUAGAGUUUCUUCAUUCGUUAUUCGCCGUGCUUCAUUUCAAUGCAUCGCCGUUUUGUGAUGAAAUCGUUUCCAAAAUGUUUUUAGUGAUCGAAUAUUAGUUACACGGUGUCAAUUUGUGCAGUGUUACCGACCAAAACAAAGUUUAUGGAAGCCAUAUAAGUUUGUUGCUCGAUUAUGAAGCGAACUCUUUUUAUUGUGUGACCUUUUUACAUCCUUGGAUAGUGUGGCAAUGUUUUACUAAUGAAUAAGAUACAGUCGUAAAAAAGUGCUACCUAUUUUAUUAUCUCUGCAGAGGAGUCUAUUAAGUUUUACAAUGGGGCCGAUAGGGGCACCCCCAUAAAAAUAUUAGGACCGUUCGUUUAGGCCAUCAUAAAAACAUCACAGAUACGCUUCAUGACAAUCGAAUCGCAGCGUUCGGUCGAGGAUGGUGCGGCGCCUCCGCGGUACGGAGAGGUCGCGGAGCGAUGAUCGGAGGCCCGAGAGCGAUGCUCGGAGCGGCACCCGCUCCGGAGGGUCGCGUCCAGCGUUCAGCUAGUGAGCAGCCGGCUCGCGCGGAGUGUGAUGUGCGUGCGGGAUGGCCAGCAAGCCCGCGACUCCGGCGGCCGCGCGAGGCGUGCCCGGCGCGCCGCGCGUGCUGGUGUACGUGGCGGACUCGCGCCAGCUAGAGCCCGGCGCCGCGGCGCCCGCCGAGCCGCCGCUGUACCCGCACGACCUGCCCGUCGCGCUGCCCCGCAACGCGCUCUACAGGACGCAGAGCGACGCGGCGGACCGAAACCCGCCCAACACCAUCUUCUACAAGCCCCUGAACAAUGAUGCCAAGCUGAACACUUAUGGUUCCGGUGACAGUUUGGUCCAGAGAACUGAUUUCUUUCCUGUCGCUCAGCAAUUUCUGAAAGAAAGUUUAAAACUCGAUGAGAACAAGUCAGUUGAGAGACAGAGUAAUAUAGUUGUGCGAAGAGACUGUAGUAAUAGUUCAAUUAAUUCAGAAGUUUGUGGUGUAGAAAGUUACAAUUCAAGAGUACCAUUAGAAUCAGGGGAGUUAGCAACAUAUCAAAACAGAUGUCCCGUUCCUGGGGUUUCUGAUAAUGCUGUGCCGUUGCAACCGAUUGUAGUUCAGCACAGUUUCAAUCAGUUUACGGAGAGUGGCUCAGGGAAUGUGAAUAGUGAAGGAAGGAAUAGUGACAGAGAAUUAGUGGACAAAAGUUUUGUGAACUAUCAGUUUUUAGAACAAAGUGUAUCACACCAAUCAAUAGUAAAUCAGAGUAUAAGUAUAUUGAAUCAGCAAGUGGGUGUGAGUCGAGUGAGUGAGGGUGAAGGCCCGCAAUUGGUGCGGACACCGGAUGGGCUGGUGUUGGCGGUGCUGCCUUCGACAGCUCCUCAGCCGGACUCCUCAGAACUUAGCAGUAGAACUGUGCAAAGUGAAUCUUCUCAAACAAUUAUAGUGCCUUUAGGUUGGAGAAGGAUAGUGAGUGGCACAUCAGUCCUGUAUAUAAGCCCCAGCGGCACGGCUUUGAGCACGCUGCCGCAACUGAGGGAGUACCUGCAGACGGCCGGCACUUGCAAGUGCGGGCUGCCUUGCCCUUUACGACCGGAGACCACCUUCAGUUUCGACUCUAAGGUUGUAAGCAAGCCAUAUCAAGCGGCGUCGGGCGCGGAGCUGACCAAGCUGUGCAACCACAAGCGGAAACUGCUGGCAACGCUGCAGGCAAGAGCACAGUCGCCCUCCACGCCGCCGCCUAUUGUGGACCAGAAGAAAGCAGUGGGUACGGAUUUGAACGCCCUCAAGAAGAAGAUGAAGAAGCGAGCGUUCCCGAACAUGAGCGUGUCACAGCUCACGGUGCAGCGCGAGCGACCCCAAGCGGACUUCAAGGCUCACGAGAACGAGCAGAACCGCACGCUGUCGCCCGGGCUGGCGGGGACGCGCGCCGCCGCGCCCGCGCCCGCGCCGCCCUACCCGCACGACGACAAGCACGAGCACGUGCAGCGGCCCUCGCACUACCUCACCGUCAACAGCGGCUGGAUCACGCAGCACCAGGACACGCAGGACCUCGCCAAACAGAACACGCCGUCCGCCAUGCAGAGCCCGCUCAACGUCGGCAUGCCCGUGCUGGGAACCAACGGCCAGAUCAUCGGCGUCAACACCGGCUACUCCAAACAUCCCAACUUCAAGAACGCCGCCAACGUUAUGCAGCCGACCGAGGAGCGGAAGGAGGAGAAGAAGGAGCCCCAUCUCCCGCAGCCGAAGCCGCCGGCGAAGGAGGACGAGUCGCAGAUAUUCUGCGGGCUCAACCAGCCCCUGACGCCCGAGGUCAUGCAGAAGAUCAACGAGCAGCAGCAGCUCUUCAUCCAGCAGAACCAAAAACAAAUAGAGAUGGCCAUGAAGGGUUACAGGUCGCAGCUGGCGGAGUCUGCGACCAAGAACAUGCUCCAGGGGCAGAACCAGUACGUGCCACAGGGGCAGCUGGUGAUACAGAACGGGGCCGUAGUCAAGACUAACCCGGCGAAGACGCCGCCCUGGCAGGUCAAGAGAACUGACGCCGCGCCCAACCCCAUGUCGAGUCCUAGCCCUAAACCUCCCAAGUUAGACAAUAUUGACUACGACGACCCACCUUUGACCAUAUCAGACGACGCCGCCGUUAAGAAUAACUUUGUCAACAAUGAUGCUAUGAAUCCGGCCAUGUGCUCUCGCGUCCCUCCGCUGCCCCAGCACUACAAUAUGAUAAGUCAGCAGUGGCCUACCGCCGAAAUAAACAAGAAAAAGUUGAAGAACAAUAAGGGUUCCAAAAAGAAGAACGGUGCCGCCGAAACCAAGAUAAUGACGUUCAACAACGGCAUGCGGCUGGUCCAGGAGUCUAAAGGAAAAUCUUGCGAGGACAUGUCCGGCAACAGCGUUCCGUCCUUCAUGGACGACCCCAACGGCUACCUGGCGCAGCAGACGGUGCUCCUCAACAACACGAUAUCCAGACAGGUCGGCAUCAACUCCUCCUUUGACGGCGGCCAGUACGAAAAUACGAACAACUGCUACGCCAACAACCAGCCGGAUAAAUCGUUCAAGACGUCAAAUAAACCGUGCGACAUGAACGUCUACAGAGGAAGCAUGGCGCCCAACGCGUCGCCCUCCCCCAACAACACCCCCGACAGCAGCGUGCUCUCCGACAAGAGCCAGGACUCGCAGUGCUGCAAGGGAUGCAACGCGUUCAAGGGGAACGGCGCCGACUUCCCCGACAACCAGAUGAGAGCGAAAUACAUGAAGCACAACAUGUACAAGAUGGAGAUAGACGGCAACCGCGGCGACGCCGGCCUCGCCGCCAGCCCCGGCCGCUUCGACGACAACCCGGUCUCGUCCACGUUCCUCGAGCGCAGCCCCUCGCACGACGCGCAGCCCAUCCAGGCCGGCACCGUCAGCACCAGCAACGGCUCCCCCGCCGACAGGCUGCCCGUGCCCGAGCCCUCGCCCACCUCCUCCAACAGCUCCCGCAACACCGACACUCCGCACAGCGGCGGCUCGCAGUUCGCUCCCGGCUGCUCCUUCCCCGUGCAGAGCCCGGCCUACUCCGCCGGCGACCCCGCCUACCACUACCACGACCCCGGCCCGCCCGCCUCGCAAUCCAUCACCGGCACUCAGAUGAUGCAUUUCAUAUCGAACCACAACGUUAAUAAAAACCUCAUGGAGGUGGACAACAUAUCGAUGGUCGGCGUCAAGCCCGGGCUGAAACUCCCGCAGGAAAUAUUCAGGGUCGAGUCUAGGAAGAGGGUGGAGAAUUCUAUGCCGGGCUACUGCCCUCCCCCGCAUUUGGGCGGCGGGCCCGCCCACUCGCUCGUCCAGUCGUGCUACGUGCAAACUUUCGUCACGACCAUGGCGAGCGGCUUCUCGGUCACGAGGGACACGGUGACCUCGGUGCUCGCCGGCAAGGCCAACACCGUCACCACCUCCAUCAACGCGUCCCAGAUAAACUUUAUCCGGCCGCCGCCCCCGCCGAGCGUCAACCUGGCCACCUCCUACGCGAUACCGAACAACCAGCCGGACCCGUUCAUAAAUUCGGUGAAUCUACCGACCAGCUACCCGUUGCACAUAGCGGGCACGACGGCGCAAAACAUGAUAUCGAAGUCGCCCCUGGAGAUGGUCCAGAACGUCAUCGGCGGCGGGCCCGCGAAACCGGAAACCGGCGGCUCGACGACCCCCGUACAGGCGAGCAGGAGACCGUGCCCGCCGACGACGCCCGGCCAGAUCUUGAUAUCGUCCACCGGCCAGAUCAUCGUCUCGAAUAAUCAAAUGCCGCCGCCGCCGCCGAAGAGCACGACGGUGGCCUCGCCCGCCUCCGCGGUGCCGGCGGUCAACCAGGUGGUCGUCAACACGCUGCCCGCGCCCUUCGUGCUGCAGCCGCCCGUGGUGGCCGUGGACGCGCAGGUGCUGCAGCCCGGCGCCGUGCUGCCGCUCGUGGCGCCCGGCGACGGCCACAAGCCCGCUCCCGGCUUCGUGCCGGCCGUCGCCAUGCUGUCCCCGGAGACCCUCAAGAAGAGAAGUAAGAAAAAGAAGACCGGCGCGAGCGUGACGAACGUCCUGCAGAUAACGGCGCCCCAACCGAACCCGAACAACAUCAUGGUGCAUCACACCUCGCCGCAGCAGAGCUCCAGCCCGCAGUUCUCCCCCGAGGGUUCCAGCUGUCGCCCAACAACAACAUCUCGCCGGCGCCCAUGCUGCAGGCGCUGA